UAUAGUAAUAGUGGUAGUAAUGGUAAUAUAAAGUGGGCUACUUCUAUAGAGGAAAGUAUAAAAACAAAAUAGUAUACAAUUUUUAAUUUGAAAUUUAACAAUAUCGUAAAAAAAUGAAAUAUGGUAUGUGGAAUAUGGUAAGAAAAAAAAAAAACUUUGAUUACAUACUCAGAGAACUAACCUAUAUAAAUUCUGGAUUUUUCUCUGCACUAAACAUUUACUACACUUUUGAUGACAGAUCAACGUUAUAACAACAAUUGUAAUUGAGGAAAGAAAUAUAAUAUAAUUUUACAAAAAUGAAUUUGGAAUUAUUAGAAUCAUUCGGUCAGAAUUAUCCAGAGGAAUUUGAUGGUACAUUGGAUUGUAUAUCGCUUGCUGUGACAUGUACAUUUAACAAACGAGGAACCUUACUUGCUGUUGGUUGUAAUGAUGGUAGGAUAGUUAUAUGGGAUUUUCUGACACGUGGGAUAGCAAAGAUCAUCAGUGCACAUGUACAUCCAGUUUGUUCAUUGAGUUGGUCUAGAAAUGGGCAUAAGUUGCUGAGUGCUUCCACAGAUAAUAAUGUUUGCAUAUGGGAUGUUUUGUCUGGGGAAUGCGAUCAGAAAUAUAGGUUUCCUUCUCCAAUUUUAAAAGUUCAAUUUCAUCCAAGGAAUUUAAAUAAAUUUUUAGUAUGCCCAAUGAGACAUGCUGCUGUAAUGGUUGACGUCGAAGGCACACACAGGGUCAUACCUCUUGAUGAGGACAGUGAUUUAAAUAUAGUAGCAUCAUUUGAUAGAAGAGGUGAUUAUGUAUAUACUGGAAAUGCUAGAGGUAGAAUUUUGGUCUUAGAUGCAGAAUAUUUAACUGUUAAGGCAUCUUACAAAAUUUCACAAGGUACUGCCAGUAAUACGGCAGUAAAGAGCAUUGAAUUUGCAAGACGUGGUUCAUGUUUUCUUGUUAACACUUCCGAUAGAGUAAUUCGCGUAUAUGAUAGUACAGAGAUAUUGGCAUGCGGGAAAGAUGGUGAACCAGAGCCAAUUCAAAAAUUACAAGAUCUUGUAAAUAAAACAAUGUGGAAAAAGUGCUGUUUUUCUGGAGAUGGAGAAUACGUAUGUGCUGGGUCUGCCAGACAACAUGCAUUAUAUGUUUGGGAAAAAAGUAUUGGAAACUUAGUUAAAAUUUUGCAUGGAACUAAAGGAGAACUAUUAUUAGAUGUUGUGUGGCAUCCAGUAAGACCUAUCAUAGCUUCCAUUUCAUCAGGUGUAGUUUCUAUUUGGGCACAAAAUCAAGUAGAAAAUUGGUCCGCUUUUGCGCCAGAUUUUAAAGAAUUAGAUGAAAAUGUAGAAUACGAAGAAAGAGAAAGUGAAUUUGAUUUAAGCGACGAGGAUAAAUCUGUAGUACAGGGUGAAGAAGCUCAAGAUGAAGAAAUUGAGGUAGAUGUAGCAUCAAUCGACAGAGUUGCUGCAUUUUGUAGUUCAGACGAAGAGACGGAAGAUAUAGGUUCUCUUCAAUUUUUACCGAUAUCUCCAGAUGUAGAGGAUUCAGAAGAUAACCAAACUUCUCCUCAUGAACCACCAGUAAAGAAACAUCGUUCACAUAAUAUCGAUUUACAAGGUGCACCAACUGGAGAAACACAUCCCUUAUUGAAUAAAGGAAAGGAUAAACCUACUACAAAGAAAGGCAGACCUAGAUUAGAGCAUAGAAAAGGAAAAUAAUUUUUUUUAAUUAUUCAUCGUACUCACAAAAAUUAAUAAAACGUGUCUUAUCAUAUGUAUAUAUACAUCUAAGUCAUUUUGUAUUGAAAAGUGCAAAUAUUAUCUUAUUAAGAGGCAAAGAAUAUUUGCAAUAACUUUUCCAUAAACAUUUCUUACAAACAAAAGUUGUUAAUAUUCUCAAUGUACUGUAUAAAAAAAAU